AUGUGUGUUACUACAAAACAAGCGGUUGUAAUUAUAGCACUUUUAUGGAUGUGUGGAGGAAUAGUUGGCGCUGUUCAGAAUUAUAUGCUCCUUUCUGAUCCUUACUUGUACGAGAUUGGAUCAACGGGUCAUAUUGCUUUAGUUAUAAAUUGUUUAACAGUUGCCAUAACUCUUUUUGGAUUAUUCGCUGUCAACUGCGGGCAGGAAUCAGUACAAUCAUUAAAAAUUUUUUCUGGACUUUUUAUUUUGGCCGUAAUUCUUCAUCUUAUAUAUGCCAUUUAUUUUAUCAUCGUUGUUUCUUCAAACGGCAUUCUGGGAUCUUACCCGGGCAUUACAAUUUAUCUAUUUGUUGGACCUUUGAUUGGGGCUUAUUUUGCCAAGAUUAUUGCUGAUUAUACUAAAAUUGUUGAACUUAGACAACAAAACGUUCAAACACCUGGAAGAGUUGAAGCUUCUAAUACAACAAAUAAUCAAGUUGUUAAUCAACUUUAA